GUUAAAUCGAACAGUCAUGUGUCUAACGGGUUAUGAUUUUCGUUGUCAAGUAAUGAUAGUCUGAAGUUUUUUCUUCUCAUUUAGUAAAUUGUUCAUGUCAAGUUCUUCCGCCUGUGUAUUUACAAUAAAGUGUGUUUGUACUACGUCAAAAUCUUCCGUUUUUUUCAGUCAUUGUUACAACAAAGUGGGGAGAGAAAUAAACUGGAUUUUUAGCUUGUUUAAUUUUAACAAAUAAAGUGUAGUUAAUUAUGUCUGGAAACAAUGUUUAUGGAGAAAUGCUCCUCACCAUCACACCCGAAAAGGUUUACAUCGAGCCUCUUCAAGAUGUCGAGAACAGCCUUAUUAUAGAUAGGUUUACCGGAAAUAUAACGAUAGCAAAUCUUCCAGGAAGUAGAGGAGAUGCACCAGUGUAUGGGAUUAAAAAAAAAGUGUAUGGAAUUAUUGGUAUUAUAAGGCUAAUAGUUGGUCAAUACUUGGUUGUAGUGACAGGCAGGUCCAAAGUUGGUAAUAUAUGGAGAAAGGAAGUCUUCCAGAUGGACUCUGCAGAAGUUAUAUGUAUUAAUAAAUUGCCUUUUCCAAUCAAUGAUAAGCAGAUAAGACUUGAAAAGAAGUAUAUCUCAAUGCUAGAAUUCAUUCUUGCCACUCCUUACUUUUACUUUUCAUAUUCCUAUGACCUCACUCACACAGUUUUGAGGUUUUGUAAUAAAAAGUCCGACUUCUUCGAAAUGCCGAUGUAUCAGAGGGCUGAACAGAGGUUCGUUUGGAAUAAAUAUAUUUUGUCUGAAUUCGCUAAGAACGCAGGUGUAUCUAGAUUCUGUCUUCCAGUCAUUCUCGGCUAUCUUUCGAUUACAUCUUACGUUUUGAACGCCAGGAAGUUCAAUCUCAUCUUGAUCUCCAGGAGGUCUAAUGAGAGAGCUGGGACCAGACUAUUUACCAGAGGAGUCGACUCAGAUGGAAAUGUUGCCAACUUUGUUGAGACUGAACAAAUUGUCGAAACUUCGUUUGAGCGUGCUAGUUUUGUUCAGACACGAGGGUCCAUACCAUUCUUCUGGCAGCAGUACCCAAAUCUGAAACUGAAACCAAGACCUACCAUAAUUAGAAUGAAAGGCCAUACUGUUGCUUUCAAAACACACUUUGAAACGCAGUUGAUGCACUAUGGAAGACAAGUUAUUGUGAACUUGAUUGAUCAUUCUGGGUCCGAAGGAAAGCUGGAAGAGUUUUUUAGAAUUUUAGUGGAUAAUUUAAGUAAUGCUGAUCUAAAGUACGAAGCUUUUGACUUCCACAGAGAAUGUUCUAAACUACGAUAUGAUAAAUUGAAGAUUCUUUUAGAUCGUUUAGCUAACGAUUUAGAAGAUAUGUCAAUGACGAUGAUCGUUGGAAAUGGAACGGUUGUAUCCCAACAGAAAGGUGUAUUCAGGACAAAUUGUAUUGACUGCUUGGACAGGACUAAUGUGGUUCAAUCGUUGUUGGCUAGAAACAGACUUACUUAUAUUCUACAGAAACUAUCGAUAUUGGAGAAAGAAGAAACAGUUGAGAGUCAAGUCGAUCUUGAAAACGCGUUCAAAACACUCUGGAGUGAUCAUGCAGACGUAAUAUCAAUGCAGUAUUCGGGCACGGAGGCAAUGAAAACAGAUUUCACUAGGACAGGAAAAAGAACCAAGUUCGGAAUGCUUCGAGAUGGCAUUAAAUCUCUCAAACGAUAUUAUAAAAAUAAUUUCAAGGAUGGUUUUCGAAAGGAUGCUUUGGAUCUCUGGCUUGGCCAUUAUCGAGUCUCUCCAGAUGAAGGGACAGUCAUAAGAAGCCCUCUUGAUGUUAAAAAGGAUUUCAAAUACGCAGCAUUUCCACUCAUCUUCCUUAUGGCUACUGCGAUGUUCUUUGCAAACCUCGUAUCACCAACUGAAUAUACUACGGACACUCUCAUGUCACUGUUAUUAUGGUGCUCUUUGGCAUCAGCAACUCUUGUUGCUAUCUUUUACUAUGGUUCAGAGUAUGUAAAUGGGCCGAAAUUGUGCCCCAUUCUUAAGUCACCGUCUUUCUAAUUAUGCAACUUGAGAAGUAAUAUGACAUGAGGUGCAUUGUUUAAAGAUAUAUGUAUCCAUAACUAUGUUGGUAUACUACAAGUGACAGUGCAGGAGCUAAUAUUGUUUUCCUUCUUUUGUUAGUCGGGAAACCUCUGUAGUACAUGGGCUUGAGACAUUUUUCGUCAAUGGACAGGCUAGAAUUAAUGAAUGGACUAAUAUAUUGUAAUAAAUAUAUAUUUUUUCCAUUU